AUGGUGUAUCACCGCCAUAACCGCCGGUAUUACCAGCGCACAUGGGAGCCAGGACAACCGCUGCUGGAGGACGGCUUCGAGGAGGAGCUUGCUCUCGUCGACAGGUGGAAAGACUCAAACGUCAGUGAGUUCGACAAGUUCUGCAAGCAAGACGAGUUUAGUAAGCACACGAUCGGCGCAGACACGUCUGGGUUGUGCAUGCUCAAGGCGUUUAUACAGGUGGAGAAGCUGGCUGGACGACCGGACAUUGCUACCCAGAAGGGCAUCGACGACUUCGUUGAGAAGAUGCGCAAGGAGUAUGGACUUGACCUGUCUCAAGGUACAUCGUGGGCGAUCUUUCUCGAGUUUCUGCGUGGUGUUCGUGAUGCUCGUCGUGACUUCGUCCUCAAGGCCCUCGUCAAGAACAAUUUUGUAACUGGUGGUCGACGCGGAUCUUGUGGGUUUGAGGAAUUGGAGCUUCGCGAUGGAUUCUACAUAUGUGCGGCCUAUAAUGACUCCUUCACUGGCCAUGCAUUCGUGCUACAUGUACAAGGUGCGAAACGACUCUUGUUUGAUGAAGAUGGCGUCAUGUUUCCGGAUCAAGCUACCUGGAUCAACUUCGUGUCCUUCGUUCGUCCGUUCAUCGUUUUCAGUAAGAAGUAG